AUUUGUUUAACGUACAUGUAUCGAAGUACUAAACGGCUUCACGCAACCAAGAUUUUCAUUCUCUUUUUCCUAUCAAAGUCGCUAUUCUCCAUCUCUUCCCGUCGCCGCCUCCGUCGAUUUGUGGUAAUAUUGUAUCCGCGCAUUCAUAUCCGUAUACGUGCAGGCCCUAAUUCGCCUUUUGUUUGGUUUCUUAUUGAUCAGUCGUACAGAAGCUAUACUGGUUGUGCUAAAAUGGAUACAAAAGUGGUGCAAGGUAGUGUGUUGGCAAUCACUGACAAUGUCGUGGUGUCACUGGAUGAAGUUUUGAAUGCUGUAAGAAUGGUCAAGAAGGAGGUGGUUCAGGAUUUUAAUCCUUUGAUCAUCAAUCAAGCUGCAUCACUAAGUUCUUUGGCAGUGGAUUCAUCAUCCACUGAUUUUGUGAUAUCCAUGUGUAAGUCAUCAGAUUUUCCUGGUGAUAAGCUGCUGGAGGAAUUGUCACGGGUGUUGAAGCCUGGUGGAGAAAUCUUUUUCCAUCACACUUGUGCUGCUGCUGCUGCCAAGGAGACAAUGAAAUCUUCUCUUAAGCGUAAACUAUUGGUUGUAGGGUUUUCAGAUAUAGAGGUGGUUGAGAUCGCAGAAGCACAAUCUUUUGGGAUUAAGGCUAAGAAACCUACCUGGAAGAUUGGUUCUUCGUUUUCUCUUAAGAAGCCAGUGAAAAGCUUACCUAAAGUCCAGAUUGUUGAUGACAUGGAUCUUAUUGAUGAGGACAGCCUGUUAUCUGAAGAGGACUUGAAGAAACCUCAGCUUCCACCUGUUGGUGAUUGUGAAGUUGGAAGCACAAGGAAAGCAUGCAAAAAUUGCUCAUGUGGACGUGCUGAAGAAGAGGAGAAAGUGCAAAAGCUGGGAGUGACUAUGGAACAGUUGGAGAACCCCAAGUCAGCCUGUGGCAGUUGUGGACUAGGUGAUGCAUUCAGGUGUGGCACAUGCCCUUACAAGGGUCUUCCUCCUUUCAAACUGGGCCAGAAGGUGACCUUGUCUGAGAACUUCCUUACUGCAGACUUCUAGGCUUUAUCAUAUUUUAUGUCUGUCUAAACAAAAUACACCACUCAGAGAGAGAAAGAGAGAAUGCAUACAAGAGCAGUGUGAAGCAAUAUGGCAUGUUAUGUUGUGUCUGGAUAUUUUAAACUCGGUUUUCCAGUUCAUACCCCAUCCAUCUAUAUGUACUUACUAACUUAACUGAAUGGUAUUCAUAUGCAUUUGCUCUGAAUUCUGAAUUCUGAAUUCUGAUUGAUUCA